GCCAAAUGCCAACCCCAUCAUAGGAGAGGGAAUUUGUGAACGCCCACUAAGCCCCCCACCCCAACCGUAUUUUAAAUUCCUCUUCUGAGCCUCCUUCCUUCUCCUCCAUGCAACCGCGCCAAGAAGCCUUAUUUCCCACCACACCGUAAUCGUCGUCGUCGGAGGAGGAGGAGAGAUCGAUGGAUGAGGAGGUCGUGAGGCCGUCGGGGUGCGCCAUGCUGGCGCUCUACGGCGGCGUGUUCCGGCGGUGGCACCGCCGCUCGGCGUCGACCAGCUCCAUCCCCCGGUUCGAUCCCGAUUCUCCGGCAGCAGCAGCAGUGCCGCCACUGAAGCCGCCGCAGCAGACGUCACAGCUGCCCGUGGCGGUGGCCUCGGCGGCAAUGAAGACGAAGCGUGCGGCCGCUGACGAUACAUCCCUCGUGCCAGUGGAUAGGUCACUGGUGACGGCGAAACCCCCGGCUCCGAAGACCGCGGCGCGGAGACCGGCGGAGCCCAAGGCGGCGGCGGCGGCUGCGGCGGCGUACAGCGGUAUCGCCGCCGAUCUCGACCGCAUGAUCCACGACCGCCAGCAGGUGAAGGGGAGCGGGAACCUCCUCCGCGCUUCCUCGGGGAACGUCAUGCUCUUCGGCAACCUCGGCAACCUCCGCCCGGGUCCCCUGCUCGCGGCGCCCUCGCCCGCACGCAACGCGCUCGACGAAACGCCCAAGCCAACGAAGGAGCCCAAGUUCGCGGCGCCGCGCGGGGCGCGGGGCAACAUAGCGAAGGGCGCGGCGGCGAAGGAGGCGGCGGAGGAGGAGGCGGCGGCGAGGCCGGAGCUCUGCCGCGCGCUGUCGAGGAGGCUGGACCCCGAGGAGCUGAAGGAGGUGGGGAACGAGGAGUACAAGCAGGGGCGCUUCGCCGAGGCGCUGGCGCUUUACGACCGGGCGAUCGUGAUGGACCCCCUGAAGGCCGCGUACUGGAGCAACAAGGCCGCCGCGCUCACCGCCCUCGGACGCCUUCUCGAGGCGGUCGCCGAGUGCAGAGAAGCUCUUCGGAUCGAUCCCUGUUAUCACAGAGCACAUUCUCGACUCGCAACUCUUUACCUCAGAUUGGGAGAACCUGAUAAAGCCAUUUACCACUAUAAACAAGCGUCGAAAGAAGCUACCGCCGCCGACAUUUCACGAGCGCAAUCUCUGAAGACGCGCAUCGUUAAGUGCAGUGAAGCCCGGAAGCUGAAGGAUUGGCUCACUGUAUUGAAGAUAUCACAAUCUGCUAUUUCUGACGGUGCCAAUUCUGCUCCACAGGUACUCGCAUUGCAAGCGGAGGCUCUCCUAAAGCUUAAAAGGCACGACGAGGCCGACUCGGUGUUUAGCGGUGCACCCAAGUUCGAUGCGGAUGCAUCAACUAAGUUCUUUGGUCCUAUUGACUAUGCGUAUGUCCUUAUGAUUCGAGCGCAGGUGGACAUGGCAGCCGGAAGGUUUGAGGAGGCAAUCACAGCGGCUCAAACUGCUUCUCAGCUCGAUCCAUACAGCAGAGAAAUAAGCUCGCUAGCCCGAAGGACACGAACUGUGGCAUCGGCACGCUCCAAAGGCAACGACCUCUUCAAGGCAUCCAAGUUUGCCGAGGCAUGCAUUGCAUACGGAGAGGGCCUGGACAAAGAAUCACACAAUGCCGUUCUCCUUUGCAAUCGAGCAGCAUGUCACUCCAAGCUCGGACACUACGAAAAAGCCAUCGAGGACUGCAACGCUGCUCUUGUAGUUCGACCUUCUUACAGUAAAGCUCGCCUGAGGAGAGCUGACUGCAAUGCCAAGUUGGAAAGGUGGGAAGCAUCUUAUAAGGAUUGUCAGUUGUUAAUCCAAGAGCUCCCGGGAAAUGAGGAGGUAACCAAGGCCCUAUCCGAGGCUGAAGCCCAGCUCAAGAAGCAGCAGAAACAAGAAGCAAAAGAUAGAUCUCAGUCCUAAUGUUCUAGUCAUUGGCCACAGCGCGUUGUUGUAUUGACUCGGACUUCACUGCUGGAUGUCGGCAAGUAGAAGAAGUUUUGAAGUGGAGAAUGCAUUCAAUGGAACAAAUCUGUUAGCUAGAUCCAUCUUACUACAGUAAAGUUUGGUUUCGCGAGUUCUUCCGUUAAGAUUUUUUGUUUUUUCCAGAUAAAACUUUUCUGUAAUGAUAAUGUACAUAUUAGUGAGAUCGUUAGCUAUGAAUGUCAUGAGUGCAUUAGUUUUAUACUUGAAAUCUCGAUGAAAGAAAUAUUACACAACAAAAGAACAGAAAAAAAGAAGUGAAAUGUUGCCAUUCAACAGGAAAAGAAAUUUUGAUGAAUACGAAAGGAAUCCCCUGUAUCUUUUUUUCUUUCUUGAUUGGAAAAAGAAUGAAACUUAAUCAGUUCCAUUUUUCUUUCGGAAAAAAGGCAAAUUAGAGAGAUUGUUGUUCCUUGUA